AGAACUUGGAAAUGAGCAGUUGGUAAAUAAAAUUCCAUUAUAAUUUUAUACUUUGGCUAUUAAAAAUUUGUUAUCCCUGAAGUACAGGUAUAGUACAGUGCAGGGCUGUUACUUUGUGUCGAGGACCGGGGAUCUCCUCGGCUUCUAUGAGCAUGUCCCUGGCCCCAGCUUCUUUCGUAGGAAACAAACUCUUUUCUGUGUGGCUUUUCAGGUGGUUUUGGUGUCUAGGAAAUUCCAAGUUCAUUCCAAGGCAGGAAAGGCUUUUCGUUCAAAUUUGAAGAGCUACAUAGCGUCAACAUCAAUGGCAGAAGGCUGUUUGCAGUAAGUUCCUGGCAAUAUUAAUUUUAUAGGGCGCUUAAGCAAAAACAACGGUGACGGCUUCGAAAACGUCACUUAAAAAGUAAAUUUGCACUGCUUCAAACUUUAUCGCGCUUAUUCCAACUCGUUUAGUUCGUCAAAUGUUGGCAAAUUUUUCUGGAGCUGAAUUCAAAAAGACUGUAUCAAAGUUCAGGAAAAGAAAAAGAAAGUCGUUUUCUUGUGUUCACGUCCACGACAAAACGCGAAAUUAGUCACUUUCACGUUGUAGUCGUGCAUCGACGUCAAAAAAAUGUACAAAUAUCGUGAUGCAUGUAUAAAGUUGUUGUUUUGCCAAUCAAAACCUAUUGGUUUUUUGCCGUUCUUGUUGCCGUCGCCGUCGUUGUUGCUUAAGCUCCCUAAUUAUUUUGACCCUGUUACGAGGCACAAACCCUGUAGUCUAUACAAAGUGCCUUGUAUGUAGGCCUUUAAAUCAGUUAGCAAUAGUUAUUCUUCCCGAAAGUACAGAUAAUGUACUUUAAAAGUAAUAAACAUGAUCAUUAUUAUUUCUACCGUUGCAGCCUUGGUGUGCGCACUAUCACGGGAACAAACACAUUUAUGGUUUAUGAAAUCUGGGCAAACAGUGAGGAUUUAAACAGGUCAGAAAUGUUAGCAUAAUAAUUUAUUACAGUUAAGAAACCUCCAUGUCCAACCACCCCUCAUAAGCGACUCGCUUCUGUAAGGGAUCGUGUAUCCUGUUCAAAGGACAUGACUAUAAAAUCUCUUAAAAUUUAAUUACAUUUUUUGGAAUUAUUAUUCAAUGCAAUAACAAGUUUCUUCAAUAAAAUGUGUGGAUGUUUUGACAUUUUGUGCGAUGUUAUUACCGUAACUUCGAACGGCUCGGCCCAUGUACAGUACAGGUUUUAGCUACCCGAAAGUAGCAACCCGCCAAAAGGAGGAGGAGAAAGCUGCUAAAUCCGAAACUUUACGGUAGGAGACUGUUGCAUCUGGCUUAGUUAUUAUUACAGAAUUCAUGGGCACAAAUCCAAGUGGAAUUUAGCUUUUAUUUUACACGAUUCGUUUAAAUGUUCCAGCAAAAUAACAUUAUAGUUUUAAUACUUUUGUUAACAGCCACUUUUCUUCAGACACCUCUAAGAUGUUCAUGCGUGGUAAUAUUGAUCACUUAGAGCAACCUGAAGAGUACCACAAGAUGGCUGUUCCUGGUAAGUUGAAGUUCCUUUGGAGUAUUAAACUUAAAUUCCCGAAUGAAAAUACAACCAUCGGGUUGCCAGCGAAUACCUUUACCCCCACCCUGCCAGCAGUUGCCAGCCAAUACCUUUACCCCACCCUGUCAGCAGUUGCCAACGAAUACCUUUACCCCCCACCCUGUCAGCAGUUGCCAGCGAAUACCUUUACCCCCACCCUGUCAGCAGUUGCUAUCGAACACCUUUACCCCCACCCUGUCAGCAGUUGCUAGCGAAUACCUUUACCCCCACCCUGUCAGCAGUUGCUAGCGAAUACCCUUACCCUCACCCUGUCAGCAGUUGCUAGCGAAUACCUUUACCCCCAGCCUGUAAGCAGUUGCCAGCGAAUACCUUUACCCCCACCCUGUAAGCAGUUGUCAGCGAAUACCUUUACCCCCACCCUGUAAGCAGUUGCCAGCCAAUAUCUUUACCCCCACCCUGUCAGCAGUUACCAGCCAAUACCUUUACCCCUACCCUGUCAGCAGUUGCCAGCGAAUACCUUUACCCCCACCCUAUCAGCAGUUGCCAGCGAAUACCUUUACCUACACCCUGUCAGCAGUUGCAGCGAAUACCUUUACCCCCACCCUGUCAACCGUUGCCAGAGAAUACCUUUACCCCCACCCUGUCAGCAGUCUUCCUUUCUUUUCCUCGAUUUUGGCGAACUCGAGAAAGAUUCUGCAUGAAUCGAGUAAAAUCUUCGUGGCAUGUUGCUAGGAUGUAGUUCAUCCCAGUCAUCUCAGUCUUCCCAGUCAUUAGUCACCCCAGUCAUCUCUGUUAUCACAUUUCAUUUUUGCUUACUGUUUCCCUUUUUAUACUACUACAGCAGAAAAUUCUGCAAUUUGAUUGCUUAGAGCAGUAGUAUUUCAGCAUAAUUUGAAAUACCUACAUGUGAAAAUUACAAACCUUUUGCGGGAGUAGUAUAAACAAAUAAUAUGAUUUGUACGUGAUAUUGGCAUAAAUACCACUCGUGAUAUUUCAGAAUUGUCUCAAAUUUCACUCGCCUAACGGCUCGUUAAAUUACGUAUAACAAUUUCGAAAUAUCACUCGUGGUAUUUAUGCCAAAUAUCACUACAAAUCAUGCUAUUACCUAUACUAGCACUGUUUACAUGCACUUUUUUGCACUUUCGUUUUCUAUAUAUAAUAUGUCCACGAAUCAUGCUGAUUUCUGAGCUUUUGAUAAUGAUGACAUAAAGCCAUCGAAACGUCAAGUUUCUUUUAUACCGUUAAUUUUUCUUUUAAAACACUGUUUGCGUUCUCUUAAAUUUCUAGCUUCUUGGUGGAGAGGACCAACCAGCUGA